AUGGAGGUAAUAACAGUGGCACUAAAAGAGGAAGACAUCAUCAAAGAAGAACCAGUCACACUGGUUUCACCCACAAAUCCAAAUCCAACACAAAGAGUUUAUCUCUCAAACAUAGACCAAACUGUGGCAUUCCCUGUGGAGACAAUCUUCUUCUUUGAAAGCUUGGAAUCAUCCACAAAUGAUGUAAUUGAGAAAGUAAGAAGAACUAUAUCUGAAAAGUUUCUGAUACCUUAUUACUUCAUGGCUGGGAGACUUGGUUAUAAUGAAGAGAACAAGAGGUUAGAGCUGGUGUGCAACAAUGGAGGGGUGUUGUUUGUUGGUGCAACUUCAUGGCUUAAGUUGAGUAACUUGGGUGAUGUCUCCUUGCCCAAUCCUUCUUUUCACCAUCUUAUUCUUAGGAUUGAUGGAUCUCUCAGCCUCAAUGAUACUCCACUGUUCACAAUUCAGGUAACCAGGUUCAGCUGUGGAGGGUACUCCAUAGGCUUUGUGACAAACCACAGCAUCAUGGAUGGAAGAGCAGCAGCUGAGAUGUUCCUAACUCUUGGCUCCAUUUGCAAAUCAUCAACACAAGCAAUACCCUUACAUCUCCAAACAAAGCACUCCACCCUAACCCUAAACCUUGACAGGUACUCUUACAUCAAACCAAGAUCUCCACCUCUCAUCACCUUCCACCAUGACUCAGAAUACACCAUCUCCUCUCCCUCUUCCUUCACUAACCUACCCCUUAACCUCUCCCUCUCCCCCACCCACACUUGCAAAGUCUUCUCCUUCACCACUUCUAUGAUCAACUCCCUCAAGCUUAAAGCCUUGACAACCUGCUCCUCCUUUGAAGCCAUGGUUGCUCAUCUUUGGAGAACAAGAACUAAGACAGUCUUUGACAACCCUCUUGCCACUUCCUCAGUCUUGUUUGCAGUUGAUAUUAGAACCAAACUCAAUCCUCCACUGCCUCCAAACUUCAUUGGUAAUGCAGUCAUCACUACUGCUGCAACAGCAAAGGUUAUGGACAUUGAAGACAAACCAUUCUCAUUUUGUGUGGACAAAGUGAAGGCAGCCAUUGAGAGAGUGAAUGAUGAGUAUGUGAGAUCAGUGAUUGAUUGGUUGGAAGUUCAUAGAGGAGGAGUGCCUUCAACUAUGAAUGAAAACUUCUAUGUGUCUGCAUGGUGGAAGUUGCCAUUCCAUGAGCUUGAUUUUGGUCAUGGGAAGCUUGUUCAUGGAGGACCAGUGGUGAGUGGAAUGGAUGAGUUUGUACUGCUUCUUUCUAAUGGGAAUGGAAAGGAAGGUGGUGUCAAUGUGUGGAUGUCUUUGGAGAAGAUGAAGAUGGAGAAGUUCUUGUGCUUUGUCUAUGAUUUUUAAUCAAAGCUAUUGUCUCAUUAUUAUUGAUGUUAAUAUAUUAUAAAUUAUAUAUUUGAAAGUUGGUGGCUUGCACGUGCA